CGCCACAGUUUUCAACCAACUGCCCUUGUUUAUGGUUUCUCACCUUUCAGGAAGCUUGACACCUUAUCUUCUCUGUUUGGAAAAAGGAUUUUUUUUUCAUUCUUGUUUCUUUUGGAAUUUGCUAGUAUCAGAUAUGCACUCCCUACCAUCACAAGCAGUGCGUCCUCUAUCCCUCAGCUCAUCUCUUUCCGCGUCUGCGUUUCCUUUCUUCUCCUUCUCACUCCCCAUUUUCCAUAAAUUCAAAAUCAACCCCACAAUUUAUAAGAAAUCACAAAAGGGUCCUCCCUUUUUGACCCUACGGUGUUGCAGUUCUGGCCCUAUAACUGCCAAGCCUUCUUCGGAGCUUAGUAGGAACCGUGCUGUUCAAGAGCCGGAUGAAAAGGUUCUUGCUAUUCGCCAGCUGUUUUCCAAGCCUGGAAUUGGCAUUGAUGCCUAUAUCAUCCCUUCUCAGGAUGCUCAUCAGAGUGAGUUCAUUGCUGAAUGCUACAUGAGGAGAGCCUAUAUAUCAGGCUUUACUGGCAGUGCAGGGACUGCAGUUGUCACAAAGGAUAAAGCUGCUCUAUGGACCGAUGGUCGAUAUUUUCUGCAGGCUGAGAAGCAGUUGAGCUCAAGCUGGACUCUCAUGCGUGCUGGUAAUGUUGGAGUCCCAACAACUAGUCAAUGGCUUAAUGAUACUUUGGCCCCUGGUGGCAGAGUCGGCAUUGAUCCUUUUCUUUUUUCUUAUGAUGCUGCAGAAGAAUUGAAGGAGGCUGUAUCUAAGAAGAAUCUUGAGUUGGUUUACUUGUAUGAUUUAAAUCUUGUGGAUGAAAUAUGGAAGGAAUCAAGGCCAAAACCUCCAAACAAGCCAAUUAGAGUGCAUGAUCUGAAAUAUGCUGGUCUAGAUGUGGUGUCCAAAUUAUCUUCCCUGAGGGCUGAACUAGUUGGCACUGGUUCAUCUGCAAUUGUUGUCUCCAUGCUUGAUGAAGCUGCCUGGUUGCUGAACUUGAGAGGAAGUGAUGUCCCACAUUCACCUGUUAUGUAUGCAUACUUAAUUGUGGAGGUUGAUGCGGCAAAGUUAUUUGUAGAUAAUUCUAAAGUCACCUCUGAGGUGAUGGAUCACUUGAAGAAUGCAGGUGUAGAAUUAAGGCCAUAUGACUCCAUCGUUUCUGAAAUAAAGAGAUUGGCAGCACAAGGGGCUAACCUGUGGUUAGACACAUCAUCUGUAAAUGCUGCUAUUGUGGAGACGUAUAAGUCUGCUUGUGAUAAAUAUCUUAUGAACCAUGGGAGUAGAGGCAAAAUAAAGAAUAACCGAUAUUGUGAAUCCAAUGGCCUCUCUAUAGGUCCUUCCGGAGUAUAUAUGCCAUCCCCAAUCUCUCUGGCAAAGGCACUGAAAAAUCCUGCUGAAUUAGAAGGGAUGCAGAAUUCUCACUUGAGGGAUGCGGCUGCUCUGGCACAGUUUUGGUCCUGGCUGGAAGAGGAAAUUCAUAAGAAUGUGAAACUCACUGAGGUAGAUGUUGCAGAAAAACUUCUUGAAUUCCGUUCAAAGCAAGAUGGUUUCCUAGAUACAAGCUUUGAUACAAUAAGCGGUUCAGGUGCAAAUGGUGCUAUCAUACACUACAAACCUGAACCAGAAAGUUGUAGUGUUGUAGAUCCAAAUAAAAUGUUCCUAUUGGAUAGUGGAGCUCAAUAUGUUGAUGGAACAACUGACAUAACAAGGACAGUACAUUUUGGUGAACCAACUGCCAGGGAAAAAGAAUGCUUCACCCGAGUUCUGAAGGGCCACAUCACUCUUGAUCAGGCAGUAUUCCCCGAAAACACUCCAGGUUUUGUGUUGGAUGCAUUUGCCCGCUCUGCCCUUUGGAAGAUCGGACUUGAUUACCGCCAUGGUACCGGGCAUGGUGUUGGAGCUGCAUUGAAUGUCCAUGAAGGCCCACAAAGUAUCAGCUAUAGAUAUGGAAAUAUGACUCCCCUACAAAAAGGCAUGAUUGUUAGCAAUGAACCUGGCUACUAUGAAGACCAUGCCUUUGGCAUUCGGAUUGAGAAUCUACUUUGUGUGCAAGAGAUUAAUACACCUAAUCGUUAUGGAGGAGUUGAAUAUCUUGGAUUUGAAAAACUAACAUUUUGCCCCAUUCAGACUAAAUUGGUUGACUUAUCUUUGCUCUCCGUCGAGGAGAUCGGAUGGCUCAACAAUUACCAUUCACAAGUUUGGGAGAAGGUUUCACCAUUGCUGGAAGGUUCAGCUCGUCAAUGGCUCUGGGACAACACCCGACCUGUUGCCGAACAGUGAAUCCAGUGGCGGAACUUCCAUUUCUCAAUCUAAUAAUUUUACAAUUCUGAAAUUCUGUCUGUUUGUUACCUAUGCUAAUAUUACCUUGUAAAUUUAUCUCAGAAACUAUGGAUUGUGUGGGAUAUUGCUUUGUACAGAUUAUAGCAUUUCAGGAAAUAUAAGUAAUCAAAAUUCUCCAGUC